AUGGGGAAGUCCUUUGGCAUCCAUGAAGAGCACCAUGUCAGCUGGACUCUCUUCCAGGGCCUCCAGAGGCACCUGCACUGGAAGCACCCUGCCAACCUCAAGAUCCUCCUCAAGGACUGCCCCUUGUAUGCCUGGGCUGUGCAGACCAAGGUGUACCUCAACUACCUGUGGCACACCACUAACAAGUUCACCACAGGGUUCAAGGUCAUCUACAUACAGUGCCACCCUGAUUUUGUCACCUGGGAGCAGAUGAAGAUCAUGGCCAUGUUCCUGUGCUGCCUGUGCUUUCAGUUUCAGGCUGACAUGCUUCAUGGGGUGGAGGCCAAGAUUGAGCCUGAGCAUUGGCAGGCUGCCCUUGAGGCCAAUCAGCCAUUCUGUUACAAGUAUUUUGACUCCAUCAUGUGUGAUGAAGUCUACCUUGCCAGUGGCAAUUGUAGUGGCCUGAAGAAGGUGAAAUACCUCUUCACCCUGCUCUGGGACUACAAUGAUGGGAAGCAAAGGGAUGCUGUUGUCAAGGACUUCCAUGCAAAACACAAGCAUAUCUUUUACCUCUACCAUUGGAUCCUCCCCUACCCCAAUGAGAUGGGCUUGCUACAGAAAACUAAGCAGGGCCAGUGCAUGUGGUAUUUGAUUAGCAUUGCUUCCAAGCAUGAUCACCAUGGCUGCAAUUUCUAUCAAACUGCAUGGGAGAAGACUAACUACAAGGCUGGGUUCCCUAAUCUGUUUCCACAAUACUGCUUGUGGACAAAGGAGGAGUGGGAGUUGUGGAUGGAGUGCUAUGUGGAGGUGCAGGAGCAGCUGCUGGAUGUGGUGGAGAAUCUUGCAGAGUGCCUGCUUGGAGAGGAGCUGGGCACAGAAGCUGAUCCACAGAGUUAUCACCCACCAAUCACAUGCCUAUUGCAUGUUGAUGGCACUGCCCUUGUGGAGGGUUCUCAUGGGUGCUGUGGUCCACCUGGCAAAGGGGUUGGUGGUGGCAUGUCUAUUGCACAUCUAUUGCAGGCCCAUUGCAUGCCAAUCAUGCUGCCACAGAUGGAGCUCUACCCAGUGCUGGUCCAAGUAGCUUAUGGUUCUCAUGCUGCUGGAUGA